GAGAAAACACAAAUACAAAAAGACUUGUGGAGAAUUGAAGAUGUUACAGCUGGCUUGAGUGCAAAUAAAACAAACUACAAAACCAUAGUAGACUCUAUCAAGAAUCCAGAGAGAAAAAUAGUGCCUUCAUUUUCUCAGUCUUCAGUGCCUUCCUUACCAUCUUCCUUUGCAACUACGGAGAGCAAACUUUCAGUUCCACAAAGCCCUCCACCCAGCCCAGUUAAAUCCUCUCUGGAGGUCAGGCUGUAUCCACAGCCUUAUUUCCAGGCCAGAACACAGCACCAAGUGCAACAGCUGAAAAAAGUCGAGCCGCCUCUUCAGUCACCAAUUAAGCUCAAGCCAAAGGUUGAAGAUGAAGCACCGCCCAGACCUCCGCUCCCUCAGUUGUACAGCCCUGAUGAUCAGCCACCAGCGGUUCCACCUCUCCCAAGAGAAGCCACUGUCAUCAGACACACAUCAGUGCGGGGCCUGAAACGUCAGUCAGAUGAAAGAAAGAGAGACAGAGAACUCGGACAGUAUGUUAAUGGAGAUUAUAGGGUGGAACUGCGUUCAUACAUGAGUGAACCAGAACUAGCAAUGAUAGGUGGUGACCUCAGCCAACCUUCCAGUGGUUUAAUAAGCUCUGAUAGCGGAUACCAGACAUUACCUACUCGUGGUUUAUCUGGAUCAUCUUCCAGAUUGCACCAAUCAUCUACCAUUUCAUCAUAUGCAACACUUCGAAGGGAUAGGUCCAAGGUAAGUUCUAAUUUCUCGUCUGCUUCUUAUAAAAGACCAAAGAGUGCCUUGGAACGUUUAUACUCUGGAGACCACCAAAGAGGCAAGAUGAGUGCAGAGGAACAACUAGAAAGAAUGAAGCGACAUCAGAAGGCAUUAGUUCGUGAACGCAAGAGAACUCUUAGCCAAGGAGAAAGGCAGUCUGUUUCAUCUCGGUCUUUCAUCAGGCCCAUUUCUGCAGACAUAGGCUCAUGGAAACGAGAGCAAGAAUUUGAUUUGCAGUUACUUGAGAGGGCAAUUCGUGGAGAAGACAAGGAUGAAAAUGAAUGGUUAAAAGUUCAGCCAGUAGCAGUGACAGAGACAGACCUGGAGCCUCAAGACUAUGAUUUAGAUAUCAGCAGAGAGUUGUCAAAACCUGAGAAGGUUGCAAUUCCAGAACGCUAUGUUGAACUGGAGCCAGAAGAGCCUCUUUCUACAGAAGAACUGGCAGCAAGGCAGCGUAAAGCAGAAAAGAUAAAGAAUAUUCUUACUAAAUCAAGUAUGCACAAUCUACAGCCUACUAUUGCCCAGGACAAGCACAACUCAGUUGAUUUAGAUUCACAGCUGCAAGAGCAGGAGCGCAUCAUUACCAUAUCAUACGCUUUGGCUUCUGAAGCCUCUCAGAGGAGCAAGGAGGUAGCAGCCAAAGCAGUAAGUGAACACUGAUGUAAGACUCACAGCAAAUCCCACCUAGUGACGCCGCGUGGAAGAAAGAGGAGGUUCAUUACCAGCUUUCUGUGAAGAUGCUCACCGGUUGAUGACAUGUUCAUCUGGAAAUACAUUCAGAGAAUAAUAGGGGGAUUUUCUAUGAAAACUAAGAGAAUUGCAAAUAAUUUUAUUUUGACUUCAUUUUAGUUCAGACUUUUUGUAUGAAUAAAUGGCACUUUUAAUAAACUCUGUAAAAUACUGACAAUGUAUUUUUAGGAUAAUGUAUUUUAGAAUUUUUUUAAAUCAAGGGCUGAAUUCGUUUUAAGAAAAGCUACUUGUGUAGAUGUUAAAAGAUGCUGUUACUUCCCCCUCAGGCUCAGAUGCACAAUGUAAUGUUUCAUGAAAAAAAAUGUAAAUUUGAACAAACCUAGAAGCAUGUUCAUAGGAUAUGGCUAGAGGUAAUGCAAGUGAGAGGUUUGUCAAGAAGGUGUUUUGGAUUGAAUAUGUUUGUAGAGUUAAGUGGCCUGCCCUUUUGCCCAUUAAAUAAUACAUUGCAAUAA